AUGUCAGAAAGCCCUGAAGCAAUCAACUUAGACAAAAUGAGCCUGGAAGAAGUCCCUACGGAUCAAUUGCUGACCAUGCAGAAAACUUUGGAGAAGCUGGUCGCAAGUAUCGAGGAUAUCUCGAAGAAAGGGUCAAUACAGGUAAAACUGUCAACGACAGCAUUAAAAGAGAGGGUCGAAGCGCUGCGGGGAGUGCCAUCGGCGCUAAGAGAACACAAUGAACAUACAAGAGCGCAGAGUAGGAACGCGGAAAACCUUGAAGCGCUUGCCAGCAGCUGCAUUGAAACUGAGUGUGAGCAGGUGUGCAGCGAGAUACAGGCAUUAGAGGAAGUGGGAGAGUUACUGGUCAAGCAACGAGGGUUGACAAGUCAAGCUUUGCAACUUUUGACAAAGUGCAGCCAAGGAAUCAGGGAUAGGACGCAAAUUGCGCGUGAAUACGCACGCAGGGUAAACGAUAAGAUGCGAGAGCGUAUGAAAGCAUCAUACGACCGUGAGAAGGGAGUGGAGAGUUGUCCUGCACCCCCCAAGGUAGGCGACCGCGUCUACAUGCGAAUCCCCAGCGAGAAGCAGUCUUCAAGCCAUCCCAAAUUAGCGAAUCCCUGGGAAGGACCCUACCGGGUUAUAGAGGCCAGUGAGAAUAGUGCCCUAAUUACACUGAUCAACCAAGAUAAGGAACCAGUAAGGGUACCCUUUGACUUACUUAGGAAGCUACCCCAGGGUAUCUCCGACGAGCCAUUGCUAACGAGAAAAAGCAGGGGUAAAAGAGGGCGUCCUAAGAAAAAUAAGACGCAAGAAGUUCCAUGCAACAAAAUCUCUCUUUUCAGGACCCUGCUGGCCUCCGACGACCGCUUGAAUCUGAGAUUUCGCUGCAGCUGUGGUUUAUUCGGUCAGAUGGCGCAUGUAGCGAUACCCGGUUUGAAACAUCCGCUUGCAAGGGCCAAGACAGUGAACGACAUGUUUGAACUGGCGAAUAUCGCGAGCAUCUCCGAGCAGGAAUGUUGGUCGGACGAAAGGAAAGAGCGAGAACUCAGACGGAAGCACUCACAGUACCUCUCGCCAUAUGGACUCGCUGUAGCGAUGGACGCUCAUCGACGUCGAUGUCCUUUAUAUGCCAAAAGAGUGGAGGAGGCAAGGGGAAUGAAGUACGACCACCCCGCAAUCUACCCAUGGCCAUGCGAAUACCCCAUCGGGGACAUCCUAGCGGAAGCCAUCAUGAUGUUGGAUCAGAUCGAGAUGCCGCUGUUGAACCAUCACAUGGAUCGCCGUACGUUCAUUGCACUCCCAACUUCGUUCGCAAGGUUGGAUUCUGAAGUAGCAUACGAGGACAACGUCAUCCUAUACAUUUAUCGAGACUUCGGAACUCUUGCCAGCAAGCUGUUGACCGCCCGUGAGGUUAUGAAAGCAGUAGUCAUCGUAUGGCCGGACAACUUACCUGAAAGCAGGCAGAUGAGGCAGCUGUUAAUCAGCAUCGAAAGACACCUCCAAGACGGAGGAACACUUGCGUUUCUCCCAAGCCCAUAUGAGGAUAGGAAUGCCGAAGAAUGGAGAAGGGUGGGCGAAGUGUGCCGCGAGUUCGUACGGUUCUUAACGGAUCCAUCCCGCAACUUCUUGGCUGUGACUCGCGAUCAUUACUCCGGCGUACUGGAUCAUGCGCCAUAUACACAUCCAGCCUGUUGCCUGGGAGUCAACCCAAGACGCAGUGGUGCGCCCUUCAUUGGACCCCAGAUACUGACGUUCCUCGAGAAAGUCAGGAUUACCGUGAAUGACCUUAUCAGGCUGCCGAAAUUCGAGCCCGCAACACCAUAA